UCGCGUCCUCUAUCCGGUGCUCCUUCGCGGUGAGAGAUUCCGCGGUUCGUUUCUUCGGCGGGUCUACCUUAAAAUAGCUCGCGUGGGCGUCGAUCUUGUUUAGAGGGACGCGCGAGAUAUACCUACUGGAUACGCGAGCUUUCGUCCUGCGUUCGCACGUGAUCGCUACAUCUGGAGCGGCCGAAAGAUCAGUUCACGGUGACGUUAAUAUCUUGGAUUUCGACCAGGUGGUGCCGACACGACCCGCGCGCUACUCGCCCCCCAUCCUCCGAAUAUCGCUUUCAGAGAGCAAUCCGAGAUUUCGUAUGACAGCGGUCAGUGCACUCUCAUCUUGUUGAUGGACGGUACCAGCGAAAUGUGUCUUCGAGAACGUCGUUGAGACGCGAAAAGGGGCGCGAAAAAGGAGAGGAAGAAAUAGAAGCUACGUGGCAGAGAAAUGCGUAGGGGGCGUAGAUCCUAGGGCGAGAUCAAGUGACACUUGACGAUGACGAGACGACGACGGUCGUCGCCUCUCUGCGCGAUCAUUUGGGCACUUUGGAUCGUGUCACCUGGUAGAACCGAUGCGGGGCAUAGCUAUGCGGACAAUAAACAGAGGUACGAUGGAUUUUACAACAAUCUGGCCCAUCCUGAUUGGGGAGCAAUCGACAGCAGGCUAAUCCGAAAAGUCCCGGCGGCGUAUUCCGAUGGCGUGUACGCGAUGGCUGGCCAGGACAGGCCAUCCCCUCGGAAGCUCAGCGAUCUGUUCAUGCAAGGUGACGAUGGUCUGCCGUCUGUGAAAAAUCGGACCGCAUUAUUCGCUUUUUUCGGACAGCUGGUCACGUCGGAGAUAAUCAUGGCCAGCGAAAGUGGUUGCCCCAUAGAAUUUCAUCGAAUCGACGUGGAUAAAUGUGAUCCGGUUUUCGACAAGGAGUGCCAAGGUAACAAGUACAUUCCAUUCCUCCGAGCGGAUUACGACCGUCAAACCGGGCGCAGCCCCAAUAGUCCAAGGGAACAGAUAAAUAAAGUGACGAGCUGGAUCGACGGUAGCUUCGUCUAUUCGAGCAGCGAGGCGUGGGCGAACACGAUGCGGGCAUUCAAGAAUGGCAGUCUUCUUAUGGAACAGACAAGGCAAUUUCCCGUCAGGAACACCAUGCGCGCACCUCUCUUCAAUCACGCGGUACCGCAUGUCAUGCGAAUGCUCAGCCCAGAGCGUCUAUAUCUGCUCGGAGAUCCAAGAACAAAUCAGCACCCACCGCUAUUGGCUCUGGGAAUCUUACUCUAUCGGUAUCACAAUGUCAUAGCUACUCGCGUGCGGAGAGAGCAUCCCGAUAUGUCCGACGAAGAGAUCUUUCAAAGAGCACGUCGGAUAGUCAUCGGGACAAUUCAGAACAUAAUUCUUUACGAAUAUCUUCCGGCAUUGCUAAAUGAGGAUUUGCCAUCAUAUGGCGGUUAUAAACCAGAUCUACAUCCGGGUAUUAGUCACAUAUUCCAAAGUGCCGCUUUUCGCUUUGGUCAUACUCUUAUACCGCCGGGGAUAUAUCGGCGAGAUGAAAAAUGCGAAUAUAGAAAGACCAAUACAGGCCAACCAGCUAUUAGAUUAUGUUCUACAUGGUGGGACUCGAAUCAAGUUUUAGCUAACAGCACGAUCGAGGAGCUGAUCAUGGGUAUGGCGUCGCAGCUGGCGGAGAAAGAGGAUAACCUUCUCAGUACCGACAUCCGGAAUAAUUUGUUCGGUCCCAUGGAAUUCUCGCGCAGGGACCUCGGGGCCCUGAACAUUAUGCGGGGUCGUGACAAUGGUCUUCCGGACUACAAUACAGCUAGGGCGCGUUUCAAGUUGGCCAGACGGAAAACGUGGAACGAGAUCAAUCCCGAAUUAUUCAACAAAAAUCCGUCGCUGUUGCGCACCCUCGUCGAGAUUUACUCGAACAAUCUCAACAACGUCGACGUCUACGUCGGCGGGAUGCUCGAAUCCAAGGACGGACCUGGCGAACUCUUCACCGCGGUUAUAAAGGAGCAAUUCCUCCGCUUGCGGGAUUCCGAUCGGUUCUGGUUUGAGAACGAGGAAAAUGGCAUCUUUACGAAGAACGAGAUACAGGAGAUCCGUCGUAUCACGCUUUGGGAUGUAAUCACAAACGCGACCGACAUACCAUCCGAUGCCAUACAGAAACGAAUAUUCGUUUGGCAGGAUGGUGAUCCGUGUCCUCAACCUUUUCAAUUGAAUUCGACGAUGCUCGAGCCCUGUGUUCCCCUACAGCGUUAUGACUAUUUUGAGGGUAGCGAACUCGUUUACAUCUACGCUUGCGUAUUCCUUGGCUUCGUCCCGAUUCUUUGCGCCGGUGCCGGAUAUGGGUUGGUGAAGCUGCAAAACAGACGUCGACGAAGAUUGAAGAUACUUCAAGAGGCGAUUCAAAAGCGAAGUGACGGUCGGAUCUGUGUCGAUAAGAUGAUUGUACGUGAGUGGCUGCACGCGAACCAUCGCCGUCUCGUGAAGGUGAAAUUUGGACCGGAAGCGGCAUUGCACAUCGUCGAUCGGAAAGGGGAGAAACUGCGCACGUUCGACUUCAGCGGCGUUAACACUAUAACUAUGGAGGAAUCACAGGAGAGCGAAACCGGACAUCGUAAAGCUCUAGUGCUGUUGCGUAUACCACGCGAUUACGACCUUGUCCUUGAACUCGAUUCGCUGGCUUCGCGUAGAAAGUUCAUUGCGAAAUUGGAGGCGUUUCUGGCGUCGCAAAAAAAGCAUUUCACACUCACGCCAAUCGCGCGAGAUAUCAUGCUGGCAAAAGCGGAAACCAAGGAGCGCCGACAAAAGAAGCUCGAACAGUUCUUUAGAGAAGCCUAUGCUUUGACUUUCGGUUUACGCCCUGGCGAACGAAGACGACGAUCUGAAGACAGUGAUACCGGAGAAGUGGUCACGGUGAUGCGCACGUCGCUUUCCAAGAGUGAAUUUGCAAGUGCCCUGGGCAUGCGACCCGACGCGGUCUUUGUCAAAAAAAUGUUCAACAUUGUCGACAAAGAUGGCGAUGGCCGGAUUUCCUUCCAGGAAUUCCUGGACACGGUCUUGCUGUUUUCGCGCGGCAAAACUGAGGAUAAGCUGCGCAUUAUUUUCGACAUGUGCGAUAAGGACAGCAACGGCGUAAUCGAUAAGGAGGAACUGUCGGAGAUGUUAAGAUCGCUAGUGGAAAUAGCGCGCACCACGAGCCUCUCGGAUGAUCACGUUACGGAAUUGAUCGACGGCAUGUUCCAGGAUGCCGGACUCGAGAGGAAGGAUUAUCUCACGUAUAAUGACUUCAAGUUGAUGAUGAAGGAAUACAAGGGAGACUUUGUCGCGAUCGGUCUCGAUUGCAAGGGCGCCAAGCAGAAUUUUCUCGACACUUCGACAAACGUUGCCCGCAUGACCAGCUUUCACAUCGAUCAACUUCCGCUGGAAGAUUCGAAGAGCUGGACGCGUAAGCAGUGGGACGCUAUAUCGACUUUUCUCGAGGAGAAUAGACAGAAUAUAUUCUACCUCUUCGUGUUUUACGUGGUCACCGUAGCUCUCUUCAUCGAGAGAUUUAUUCAUUACUCAUUCAUGGCGGAACAUACGGAUUUGAGACAUAUUAUGGGCGUAGGAAUCGCUAUAACGAGAGGAUCAGCGGCCGCUCUAUCUUUUUGCUACAGUCUCUUGCUGCUGACCAUGUCGCGUAAUCUGUUGACGAAGCUGAAGGAAUUUUCGAUCCAGCAGUACAUUCCACUAGACUCGCACAUACAAUUCCACAAAAUCGCAGCGUGCACGGCACUUUUUUUCUCCGUGUUGCACACGGUUGGUCACAUAGUCAAUUUUUAUCACGUUUCUACGCAGCCGAUAGCGCAUCUUCGCUGUCUUACUAGCGAGAUCAGCUUUCCCAGCGACGCACGGCCUACCAUCUCCUUCUGGCUAUUCAGAACAGUGACCGGUUUAAGCGGUAUUCUUCUCUUCGUCGUUAUGACGAUCAUUUUUGUCUUCGCACAUCCGACCAUACGACAGAAAGCCUACAAAUUCUUUUGGUCGACACACAGUCUCUAUGUGGUCCUGUACGCAUUGUGCCUGAUCCACGGCUUGGCCCGUUUAACGGGCGCGCCGCGAUUCUGGAUAUUCUUCGUCGGUCCGGCGAUUAUUUACGCACUAGAUAAAGUCGUGAGCCUGCGAACUAAAUUCAUGGCCCUGGAUAUCAUCGAGACGGAAUUAUUACCCUCGGACGUAAUAAAGAUCAAGUUUUAUAGGCCUCCGAACUUGAAAUACUUGUCGGGACAAUGGGUGCGUCUCGCCUGCACCGCCUUCAGAUCCAACGAGUUUCAUUCUUUUACGCUGACCUCGGCGCCGCACGAGAAUUUUCUGUCGUGCCACAUAAAAGCACAGGGACCGUGGACAUGGAAACUCCGGAAUUAUUUCGAUCCCUGCAAUUAUAAUCCGGAGGACGAAUAUCCGAAAGUUCGUAUUGAGGGCCCGUUUGGCGGCGGGAAUCAAGAUUGGUACAAGUUCGAGGUCGCGGUGAUGGUGGGGGGAGGGAUCGGGGUCACCCCUUACGCCUCGAUGCUCAACGAUCUCGUAUUUGGAACGUCGACUAACAGAUAUUCGGGUGUCGCGUGUAAGAAGGUCUAUUUUCUAUGGAUUUGCCCGUCACACAAACAUUUCGAGUGGUUUAUCGACGUUCUCAGAGAUGUUGAGAGAAAAGAUGUUACAGACGUGCUUGAAAUCCAUAUAUUCAUUACGCAAUUCUUCCACAAGUUUGAUUUGCGUACUACUAUGCUGUACAUAUGUGAGAAUCAUUUUCAGAGGCUAUCGAAGAAGAGUAUAUUUACCGGACUGAAGGCCAUAAAUCACUUCGGUCGGCCGGACAUGACAUCCUUCCUGAAAUUUGUUCAGAAGAAACACAGCUACGUUAGCAAAAUAGGAGUAUUUAGCUGUGGACCACGUCCUCUGACGAAAAGUGUCAUGUCGGCCUGCGACGAAGUCAACAAAACUCGGCGCUUGCCGUACUUCAUUCAUCACUUUGAAAACUUUGGCUAGUCAAGGUAUAUCUCCGCUCCCCGUUCGCGUGAAAUAUUGGACUGUCCAUAUACUUAGACAAUAUUUCAACGCGAAUCUUGACAUUUUAUUUUACAAUAUGUACAUAUUUAUGCGCUGCUUUUUAUUAUUUAUGAAUUAUUACGCGAGUAAUAUUACA